AUGUCUGAGUCAUUUACCCUCCCACUGAGACCGGCGGUCCGCAAAACCGAAUAUAAAGAUACGCUGCCGAUCCAGAUCGCCCAGAUCAACGCGCAAUGGGGUGCCUUUCGGGACGUCAGCGAGGAGAGUCUCCGGGCAGAGAUCCAGGCAGAGAAAGAAAAGGGCGAAGAGACGGCAGACAAUGAAGAGGCGAAGGGAGUGUCCGACCUAGACUCGACAGAGCGGUUGGAGCAAUUGUACAAACGGCGAGCGGAAAUUCUUCAAUUCGCCAUGGUGGUGGGUGGACUAACGGCCGGUAGGCAGGCACACUUUGAAACCAUGUUUGCCUUAGAUUUUGUCUCCCUCCUGCUCUCCAAGCACACUCCUCGCCAGGCGGAGACCUCCAUGUCCGCGUAUUUGAAACAGGUCACUCCGCUCGGUACAUUGAAUGCUGAGCCUGUCAAUCCACCCCCCAAACCGGAAGCGGUGGUAAGCGAUAUCAAGACGGUUUCGCGGGGAUGGAAGAUGCAAAGCUUCAAGGCAGCAGCCAAUAGGCUUCUGCUCGCAGCGACCAGACUCGAGGGCGAGGUGGCGGCGGAAACUAGAUACUGGAAUGAAGUGCUGGCUGUCAAGGACAAGGGCUGGAAGGUUUGCAGACUGCCGCGAGAGCGGCAGGCCCUUGGUGUUCAGUAUGGGUUUCUCGAAGCUACGCCUAUUUUCCGCGAUCGCGGCCUUUAUUCACUGGGCCGCGCCGAUGAUGGAAGACUGAUACUUGAUAAAGGGGUGGUUUCAACACGAGCUCGCACAGUCCGCGUGCGUAUCAGAGAGAAUGAUCGGCUUAUCGGUCGCUCGAAGCUCGUCUCCACGUCGUCCAGUAACCCAGAAUCGAACGACAACCUGAUCCUUCAGGCGCGCGAUACACUAUACGAGGAAGAAUUGUUUCACGAAUUGGUGCGCGAGGCACGAGUGGUGGCUAAUCAGGGGGUCACAACACGCCAGAAUUUGAUUCAAUUCGCUGUCGGCGAACAAGAGAUUCUGCUUGAUCUGGUAGACGUGGACCAAGCCAUUGAAUCGGAGAAUACAGAACAAUGCUCCGGCCAGCAGGGCCAGCUCGCGCAAGCGAUCUGGCACUCAAUCCACAUUCUUCUCGCGUACUCCCACCGGCAGAAUUUACGGCGCAGAUCGCAAGCACCACCGCCGUUGUCUCAGAAGAAGCGACACCUCCCCGAAUACCCGCUCUUACGACCGAUAAUGGCCUAUUUACAACACAAUGCCCAUGUGCGAUAUCUUGAAUCCUUCCUUAGAGACGUAUUUGGCGUCUUGAAAUCUGCCGGACUGAAAUGCAACUUCGUCAGCUGUCCUUUCUCUUCCGUGAGGCUUCCCCGGCCAAAUAGUGCUGGAUCCAAGGUCGAAAAUCUUGUUCAAGGGUUCCUGUCGCCGCUCGAGUCAACUUUUACAGCCUCCCUUCUAAAUCCUCGAAGUUCUUUCAAUGUGACCAUCCGGACAAGCGUUAUUUCCCCCUCGUUUGGAACGAGUUAUGACAUUUCUAUCCAGCUUCCCAAGUUUCCGGAUGUGCAAGCCCCCACGAACAUGGGAUUGAAAGAGGAGGUGACAGCAGCACUGACCCAUUUCAUCAUGCUUGACACAGUGGCAGCCAUCUCAAUGUAUCGCCCAAAACUCCCAGAACCACCCAGCCAAGUGCCACAGGAACCUUUAACGUGGGAGGCCACUUACCCCCACCAUGGCGAAUUGACAGGAAGCUCUCCUGCAAAGAAACCAAGCCAGAGGAUGAGAAUCACCCUGUCGCGUGCCGAAUUGACCGCGGAAACUCACCCCGUACGAGGGUUCGAGAUGCCCACGCCGCGCAACCGACCGACCAGCUCGAAGCCGAUCACGUCGCGUACCUGGAAGCUCUUCAACACUGCAGCGGCACCCGACGGAACAUUGAUGGAGUUUGUCGCUGAGGCAUCCAGAGCACACUCAUGA